UUCGCUUGUUUUUCUUUUUUUGCAGAUGCCACAUCACAAGAAACCCUGACAUUGAAGGUGUUCAGUCCGGACGAUCGACCCUCGGACGAACAACUGAAGGCCAUGUUAAAGAAAGCAGACCUUGAGAAGAAUGGUUACAAGAAAGAGCUCACCACGAAGCUAGUGAAAGGUCAAGGAAGUGACAAAUCAGACUACCAAAAAGAGUACCUCUACUACAAGAUCGUGAACUGCUCGCGGCUGCAGGAGAUUACCCAAGAGCUCGAGACUUUGAUGCCAGGUAGACACCGAGUUCUUCCUUGAAAAAUAUUCUCAUUCGCUUCUUACUCUGUCAGCUUUCAAAAAAUACAAAAAAGAAAAAAGGUCGCACUCAGCUGAUUGAGUUCGCGCUCACAAUAUAAUACAGUGCAAUUGAGCUCAUGAAUACGAUACGAUACAACGACUUUGUUUAAGCAAGAUAAGCGUUUUAAGCUUCACAACUCGAGUGGUCGUUUCUUAGAAAUAAAAGAUUAAAAAUAAUAUUACCAAAAACAUGGUUCAAGAAAAAAAAACAGCAAUUUCACUACAACUACUCUGAAACAACGAGCAGCCCGAAGAUAAUAAGAACGAGAAGGGAAAGGGAGCAAGGGCGAAGGAAUAAAAGACUAGAAAUAGUCUUUUGCCUGUUUAUAUAUUGUGGACGAGUAGAAACACACUUCCAGGAGCUUCCUCAGAGCUGUAUGAUUUGUAAAAUCCAGUCAGACAUACAGGUAUAAAAAUAUCAUUAAUAAAUUGUAAUAUGCUCAGUAAAAUGUGAAAGCGUCAUUCUAAAGAGGCGCAGUUUGCACAAAUGACAUGCCAAAGUUAAUUUAUUUAAGACAUUAGCUCUUUGGACUAUCUCCGGAACAUCGCAGAGUUUUUUGCAACCCUGCGUUUCUAGAGAGAAGGGGGCCCGGGAUCCAUGCUGAUGCAACCAUCUUCCUCAAGUUGGUCAGUUCAGCAUAGGUAACGGCCGCGGGAAAAAUAUCAGUGUGAAGUAGUUGGUACAACAGCAUUACAUAAAGCAAGAAUGUGCGUGCCAAUAUCAAGUUCAAUUUUCCCCAAAAACCUUUUCUAACAUCCUGUAUGCGUCAUAACCACAUUAGUGUUUUACACUAUCAUUUCCAAGGUUCAGAUAAAAAAAAAGCCCGGCGAUGAAGUUGUUUCUAUGUAAAAUCAUUACAUCGGACUGAGUCUUUGGGAGAGUAAUUAGAGUAUAAAAAUGAUGAACUUUAUUUUUUGUUUAGGUCGUUAUGUAAUUAAAUUGGGUACGAAGUUUAACGCGGAGGUCAAAGCCAGAAAUCUAUCCAACAUGAAGAAGUGCAAAGUGGGUUUAGAGAUCCAUUUCAAGGACGGUGGGAGCUGCGCUGUCAAGAAAACUAAAACUCGUCGUCAAAAACGCGGAUGGGGCUGUUUUUUGUGCUUUGGUACUUGUAUUAUCGUUGAAGCAGAAGCUUGA